CUGCGAGAGCGACGGUCUCGAAGCGGUGCGGGGACCGCAGGAGGGGCAAGGGUUUGCGUUUGAGAAGUGGUGCUGGUGGGAGCAGGCGGCUUCCCUCCCCUGCACCAUGGGAAUCAAAUUCCUUGAAGUUAUUAAGCCUUUCUGUGCAGUUUUACCAGAAAUUCAGAAGCCUGAAAGAAAAAUUCAGUUCAGAGAGAAGGUUUUAUGGACUGCAAUCACCCUCUUCAUUUUUUUAGUGUGCUGUCAGAUACCUUUAUUUGGGAUCAUGUCCUCAGACUCUGCAGAUCCUUUCUACUGGAUGAGAGUCAUCCUUGCAUCAAACAGAGGCACUUUGAUGGAAUUGGGCAUCUCUCCCAUUGUGACCUCUGGAUUGAUUAUGCAGCUCUUGGCUGGAGCCAAAAUAAUUGAAGUGGGUGAUACCCCGAAAGACAGAGCUCUGUUCAAUGGGGCUCAGAAAUUGUUCGGGAUGAUUAUCACUAUUGGGCAGGCCAUUGUGUAUGUCAUGACUGGGAUGUAUGGCGACCCUGCAGAAAUGGGGGCUGGGAUCUGCCUCCUGAUCAUCAUUCAGUUGUUUGUUGCUGGUUUGAUUGUGCUGCUGCUAGAUGAGCUGUUGCAGAAGGGUUAUGGCUUGGGUUCUGGGAUUUCUCUCUUUAUUGCUACCAACAUCUGUGAAACCAUUGUCUGGAAGGCCUUUAGCCCCACUACCAUUAACACUGGCAGAGGAACCGAGUUUGAGGGUGCCGUCAUUGCUUUGUUCCACCUUUUGGCGACACGAACUGACAAGAUCCGUGCCUUGCGGGAAGCUUUCUACCGUCAGAACUUGCCUAACCUUAUGAAUCUGAUUGCCACCGUAUUUGUGUUUGCUGUAGUCAUAUACUUUCAGGGGUUUCGUGUUGACCUUCCAAUCAAGUCUGCCCGUUAUCGUGGACAAUACAGCAGCUACCCCAUCAAACUCUUCUACACCUCCAAUAUUCCAAUCAUCCUUCAGUCUGCCUUGGUCUCCAACCUUUACGUCAUUUCUCAAAUGCUGUCUGUGCGGUUCAGUGGCAACUUCUUGGUCAAUUUGCUUGGGCAGUGGGCUGAUGUGAGUGGAGGCGGUCCAGCACGCUCCUAUCCUGUCGGAGGCCUCUGUUACUACCUCUCCCCUCCGGAAUCCAUGGGGGCUAUCUUUGAGGAUCCUGUCCAUGUGAUGGUUUAUAUUAUAUUUAUGUUGGGCUCCUGUGCAUUUUUCUCCAAGACAUGGAUUGAAGUGUCGGGAUCAUCUGCAAAAGAUGUUGCCAAGCAACUGAAAGAACAGCAAAUGGUGAUGAGAGGUCACAGGGACACGUCCAUGGUUCACGAAUUAAAUAGAUACAUCCCCACAGCUGCCGCCUUUGGAGGCUUGUGCAUUGGGGCCCUCUCGGUCUUGGCUGACUUCCUCGGGGCUAUUGGCUCAGGCACUGGCAUUCUGCUGGCAGUCACUAUUAUUUAUCAAUAUUUUGAAAUCUUUGUUAAAGAGCAAGCAGAGGUGGGCGGAGUGGGCGCUUUAUUUUUCUAAUUGUCUGUUGUGUGGCUUGGGAAGAAGGGAACUCUCUUUUGACCAUAUGCAACCAAAUGCAGUUCCCCUCACUUUGAGUAGUGCUAUGUGCCCCAUUUCUCACAGUGGGCGUUGUGCAAUGCCUGGGUGCAGCUUCAAUGCCAGCUGCCUUAAGAAUCAAAAAUUUACACUGUCUUGGGGGGUGGGAUGGGGGGAACAUCUAUUGUGUGUUGCCAGUUGUGCUGGAAAGCAACGCAUCCAUCCUCUUCGAAGAUUGUCGUCCAACAGUGCCCGUUCUGCUGCUUGGGAACACUUUGCACACUUUGUGUUGAGACUGAAAAGUACUUGUGCAAAUUAGUGAGAGACCCGCUGCGAUAACUUCAGUGGCCACAUGCUAGAAUCCUUGCCUUCAUUUUAGAAGUACGUACCCAAGAUCUAUAUUUUACAAUAGUUUUGUAUGCUUUACAAAAAACAAACCCCAAACCACUUGAUGUGUGCCAAACACUUGCUUAUCAUUGGUGUCAUGUUUUGAAGCAAGAAGGUGGACAAGCGUAUUCAUCCAGGCAGUGACAUUCAUCUUACUGCAAAACUGACAGAAGUCCCAAGAGUGAAGCUGGAAAUCCCUGUCAGAGACUUCCCCCACAGCCUUGUCUUAAAUCCCUGUGUUUUGGGGAGGGGAAUACUGGUGCUGCGGAAGCUUCACCCCGACUUCGCUUUUUGGUUAAGUCCAAGGAGGGACAUGUGAGUUUUCAAAGCAGCAUGAUGCAUAAAAGGGAGGGGAGAAAGGAGCAAGUCGCCCUGAGGACAAUGCUGCUGUUGUGCUUCCUGGUGGUGAGGUACCCGUUGUAAAUAUUAGAAAAUAAACUUAUUUAAUUA